AUGACUACAGCAUCCACACCUGCGACUCCUGGCCCGUCGACACCUACAAAUGCCCGAUCAGGACCUUCAGAGAAAGCAGACGCCCUUGACCAGAAUAUUGUGCCCCCGGUACGACCCCAGAGCACGCCAUUCCCGCACCAAGAUUUGAUGGAUGGAAGCAUAAAUUGUUCACAGCGUCUCCUCGACAUGGAAUGCCUUGAUUCUCUUGAUACGCCUAUUACAGAGGAAAGCCAACCCUCACAGGGGCCUCCUUCUUCAAAGUCACUUAUGGAACUCCCUAUAGAGAUCCAUGAAUGUAUUCUGGACCAUCUUUUUGGAGUGAGAGCUUCGGCGGCUUCGAGAACGGCGGCAGCAGGAAACACAAAAAUACUUCGAGGCUGGGGCUCAGCAUUGCGCCAUUCAAGACGCCGCGAGGUCUCGGAAUUGGCGCUCGUCAGCAAGGAAUGGAGGGAGCUUGUUCAGGACAGGCUUUAUCGACACUUGAAGAUCAAGGCAACCAGAGCUUCUGUGGACCAGGCCAUGAUAUAUUUCGCCCUGCAUCCGCAGCUAUGCUCCCAUGUUAAGCACAUUGAGUUCUGGUUCCCGGUAUUUCAGCAAAAGAACCCGGCCUUCGAUCGCACCCUGAGAAUACCUUCUACGACCCCUGAUCGCUCACUUCAGAUUCGAGCUGUGGGCAGUCUCGCGGAUGCAUUGACUCCAAUCACAUACCAGACUCCAGAGAAUAACUGUACUUUGGAUGAAGUGUUCAGUUUUGUCAAGAUGACCUUUGGGGAGGCUUGCAUUCUGACAUUGGAAGGUGGCGAGAGGAAGAAGCCGCCUAUGGUCCAACAUUUCCGGACCUCCACCACAGAUCCAGCAAAUACCAAGCUCCCAGUCAUCAAAACCAUUCGUACUUUGGUUUGCAAGGGCCAAUGGAAUCUCAUUCGGACGGACCAAGACUUCCAAAACAUAGCAAAUGCACUACCAAACCUCAAUGAGUGGCAUGCUUCAUACGCCAAGCCAAAAUCCAAGAGCUACCUGUCGAUGGCUACAAUCCUCCCGAAGCUAUCUGAAACCCUCACCCAUCUGAAUGUCUGCCUUGAGGCGGAUUACCGACGCGAGACGUCGGUCCCAUUUUUCUUCAAGAAGGUCAAUAGAGUCACGCACUACUGUGUCGAGAUGGCAAAGGCGAUUCCAACCCUGGAGCACUUAUCGUACACGGGAAGAGUCUGCAAAUCAUUCUUCGAUCAUGGUGCCAAAAUAUCGAAUCCUCGGCGCUCACGUUUGAAAAGCAUAGAUAUUAUCGCCAAGAAUGUUUGCAGACCAGCAACCGAUUGGAGCAAUGGCUCAGGUAUCACCGAGGGAGGAUUCGUCUCGGCUUUCGAAGCAUUGGUUGUUUCAUCCGUCAAGUCGUUGGACACAUUGGCAGCAUUGGAAUUCUUGCGGAUUCGUUUCCUCGACCUAGAUUUCCAAGUCCCAGCUCUAAACCCCUAUUUCCAGCUAGAGAACAAACAGUGCACAGGCCUCUGGAGUGAGACCAUCGUCGACGCCCUGACCAAGGCCCGACCAAGUGCUGCCUUCGCCGAGGCGCCCCGCGAUCUCACCGACAUUGGUGUAAAGGACGGCCAGGUCCAAACCCCAGCGAACUUUUCCAAGACGAAGCCCCUAUCCAUUAAGCUUUCCACCUACCAAGCUUUCGCUGGAACUAGUGGUAUCACAAUACAUUGA